AUGGCCUCGCUCCGGGCGGGGUGCGCCGCCGGCGGCCCGCGGCUCCCCGAGACCCACGCUGGGCGCCCGGCCGCGCUCCGCCUCCUCCUCCUGCUGGGCGCUGUCCUGAAGCCCCAGGAGUCCCUGGCUCAGCUUCAUCCCACCCCAGGCAACCUGGAGUCUAAAGCUGCCCUGAAGCCCCAGGAGUCUCUGACUCAGCUUCAUCCCACCCCAGGCAACUUGGAGUUUAAAGGGAAAACGGUGGCAGAGAGCUAUGAGACAGUCAUUACCCGGCUUUGCUGGCAAAUUUAUAAGAAUGAAUUGGACUCUGUGGAAAAAGACUGGUGCGACUGGGCUGUGAUUAGCAGGCCUUACAGUGACCUGAGAUCUUGCUUGGAGCACUGGGCAGAGGAAUACAUGCUGGGUUUCCCCAAUCCUUGGGCUGAACAAAUCAUCUUUGAAACUCACCAGAUACACUUUGCCAACUGCUCUCUGGUGCAGCCUACCUUCUCAGAUCCCCCCGAAAAUGUGCUCCUGGCCAUGAUCAUAGCCCCCAUCUGCCUCAUCCCUUUCCUUGUGACCCUUGUGGUGUGGAGGAGUAAAGACAGUGAGGCCCAAGGGUAGGUGGCAGGAGCUUCUCAGCAGCCACCCUGGUCUGCUCCCCUCCCUUCCUAACUCCUCUCACUCCCACCCUCACCGAAGAUCCAUGAGUCAUUGGAAAUGAAAACUGGAUGGGGUGGUCGUGCAAGUUCUCUAAUCUUCAAAAUAAAACUUUUUUGUACACUGGCCUCCCCCCUGACAGUGGGGGCCUGUGUCCUUCCCUGAGUCUCUGCCUUACUCACAGGUGCUCAGCUCUGGGCAGCAGAGCUCAAGAAUCUCCGUGAUCCCACUGUUUUGUUGGUUUACCUGCCCCCCCAUUCCCCUCCCCCCACCUGAAGGCCACACCCCUACACCACUUCCUUCGCUGGCCGGUGCCUUUCCUGCCCAAUCCAAACCCAGCUCCAGGAAAAAAGCAGGAAGAGACUCCCUUCCGGUCUGGACAGCUGCUGGAGAGGUGUGGGGGAAGCGGUAGGGAGGAAUCGCUGCUGUGAAAACUGCAAGAAGGAAGGGGCGGGGCCAUCUGGGAGCCCUGAGUUUUCCUCUGCAUGCCUCAGUUUACUCCCAGAACCUGGGGAUAGGAACCUUUAUCUGACCGACAUGUGUUCGUCCUUAUGGACCUCAAGAUUCAGGAAUUAUGGAGUGGGGGCGUCCACUACAAUAUUCACCACAGGACUCUCCCUCCAGGUCUCUUGUCCCUCAUUCUACCUUGUCCUGGGGUGGGAGGAGGAUGGGGGAGGGGUGAGUACAGCCUUGUGGAACACUGCCCCCUGGUGUCCACUAAAGUCAACAACCAGAAGAUGGAUGUGACCUGGAAGAAGCUCAAAAGCAAGAAACGAUUGGAUCCUGGAGUCAGACACCUGUCAUCUCCAUAACAACCACUAGUUUUUAGUUAGUGGAUGCUAUCAGCUUCUGGAACCAUACUGAUAUUUUUUUUAAGACAACUUCCCCGCCUCCCUGGUGGCACAAGGGGUUAAGCACAGCACUGUGAAGCUAUCCACAGCCUCUGCAGCACGAGUUUGAUCCCCGGCAGGCCAGGGAGCAACCCACAUGGUGCAGACCUCUCCUGACUCCUCUGUUGCUCCCCUCAACAGUGUAUUUCAGUCAAUCUGCCUGUACUGUUACCCACUCUGUCUCUGGUGGAUCCUCUAACCCCCAUACCUCUGGCCUGUACCCCAGUUCUUGUAUGCAUAAAUAAAUUUAAAAAAAAAAAUAAGACACCUUCCCACUUUUGGGCGACAUACCUAGGCUCCGUGAGAGUCACCUUUUCUGUGAACUGAUGCUCCUAUAUGUCCCUGGGAAGUGCGGCUGUUCAUGUCCCCCCUGCCAGGUCACGAGAAACAUCUCCAUAAAGACGCUUGUUUGUUCUUUGUGGUCCCUGGAGCCUUUU